AUGGCCCAACCAGCAGCCCCGCCAUCAUCGCAGGAGAACACCUCCAUGUCGCAGCAGGAGCGCCGGGUAUACGGGCGCCUCUCAAUGAUAAUGGAGCAUUUCCACAACAAUUUUCGGCGGACAUGGAAUGUGCUCUACUCGUCGGUGUCCAACGAAGAAACGGAGCCUGCCACCAAGCCGCUACCCGCGAAGCGCUUGAUCGACGUCGGAAUGGAGUUCGUCGACCACCUCACGCUACACCACACCAUUGAGGAGCAGCACCUCUUUCCCAUGCUCGCGAAGCGCAUGCCCGGGUUCAAACCCGACGCCUUUGCGUACACCCAGCACAAGGGCAUUCACGAGGGACUCGACAAACUCGAAGCCUAUCUGAAGGCAUGUCGGCGCGGACAACGCGAGCUCAGGCGGGAGGAGCUGAAGGAGAUUCUCGACUCAUUCGGAGGAGUGCUUUGGCAGCAUCUCGAUGAGGAGGUUGCUGAGCUCGCACCGGAGAAGAUGAAGGCCGCCUUCACCUUAGAAGAAGUUAUGCGAAUUCACGUUUGA